CUGCACGCGGUGGCGUCGUCGGUUUGUGCGAUAUAGCGACAACACCAACGCCGCCGCCGCCGCCGCCGCCUCGCGCUCGGUCUGCACGCAAUCGAUUGCGCGUCGCGUUACCACGUCGCGCGCGCACACGCACACGUCGCGCGUAUAUAAUAUACCGUAUACUCCGUGUACGACGACGACGAGGAGUAUAAUGUACGGUGCACGUAAUGACGCGAACGCGCGCGCGCGCGCCGGCCCCGGACGGGCGGGGAAGACGGCCGAGCCGCGUUUCGCGCGCCGCGCACGUUUCACAGAACUCUGCCUCGUCGUGCGUGUGCGCGUGUGUACGACAUGCACACACGCACACGUAUACGUUUGCGCGUUAUACGCGCGACGCCUAGGCAGCGAUUCCCUCGACCACCGCCGCCGCCGUCGCGCGUACCGCAUUAUACCACGCGCGCGGCGCACACAACGACUACGACUACGACGACGGCGGCGGCGGCGGUGGCGUCGGCGACGGCGGAAAAUAUAUUAUUAUUGUAUUAUUUUAUAAUCGCAGUUGCAGUCCGAGCGUCGCGUCAAAAACCGCGCACGUCGUCGCACAAUCCCGCGCAUUCGCGUACACGCGUGUAAUUUUUUUUUUUUUUCUAACACGAUAUCAUUAUAAAAAUAGUAUAACGUCGCGUAAUAUUUUGACAUCGCUCACUGCCGCCGCUGCUGCUGCUGCGGCAUCGUUAAAGUGACGAGUUAUAAUCGUUGUUUAUUAUAAUAAUAAUUAUUAUUCUUAAACGUUUCCGCGACAUUAAAAAUAACGACGCGCGCCCGUAUACUCGUCGUCGUCGACGUAAUAUUGUAAUAAUAAUAUUCAACACCUGUAAAACAUUUAUAGUAUAAUAUACACAAUAAUAUUAUGAUAUUAUCAUAAUAAUAUUAUUAUUGUGUUGUACGCGCGUGACGCCGUUGUGCGCGGCCAAAGCAGUCGCACGUCGUCCGAUCUGCGGCCCCCGACAUGAAAAAGGCGGCGAGCAAAGUGCGCGACGAAAAACUGUUGGCCGCGGUGCGCGAUCGACCGGUGCUCUAUGAUCAGUCAAUGCACGUGUUCAAGGACUACGGCGCCAAGAACGCCGCGUGGAGAGAAGUGGCCACCGCCGUGGUCGGUUCUCAGGACAAACAGGCCGUCGAACGGUUGAAAGUCCGUUGGAAAACUCUACGGGACGGUUUCGUCAGGCAUUUGAAGAAGAAAAAGACGAUGGAGAUGUACACUGCGGCGGCAGCCAUGCGCCCGUACAAGCUAGAAAAACAAAUUGCGUUCCUGUUGCCACACGUAUCCUUCCGCGACGAAGACGAUAACGGCGGUAGCAACGACGACGAGGACACUUCUUCACUACUGAUGGCCACCGACAUCAAGACCAACGAAUGCGAAUCAUCGACGUACGAUCAACAGGCAGUCGCCGAAAUGCUCUAUGAACAGUCCAACAUAGACAAAACGUGCAGCGAACACGAAGCCUUGGACCGGUCCAUACAUUUCCUGUGCGAUCAGCGGUACAAACAGGCGGCCGCCACUAAUUACAAAUUGGAAGAUAUGGACUCGGUGGACGCAUUUUUCCACGCCAUGGCACAAACGGUCAAACAGUUAAAACCCAUCACUGUGGCAAAGAUCAAAAGAGCAGUGUCAAUCAUUGUGUCAAAUGCAGAAAUCGAAGAAAUGGAAACCGUCCCGUGCGGAAGGUUUCCUAUGACCGUUCCUAUCACAAAUGAAUCUAAAAAGUAGCAUGUUAAGCGCUAUGUUAUGUUUGUACAAAAAAUAAAAUUAUGUAUUACCUAUAUAGGUACUUUUAUACUAUAAGGAUUAGAUGUUAAAAAUGGUAUUUUAGUAUACAAUUUUCAAUGUUAAACUUAAUUAAGAAAAAAACAAUAAGAAAUACUUCUUAUAUUUGUGGAGAAUGCUGGACUGUGGAGUUCAUUUUGUUAUUUUGUUUUAAUAACAGUGAGAAUAAGAUGUACCUAUUCUGUAAUUCUAUAUUGCUUGAAUUAAUAUGUGCAAAAUUGCUUACAA